AUGCUUUUAACUGAGGUCAAAGAUGGAGACAUCAAGAGUCGCUCUCAUCGCUCUCGUGUGUGUUGUGUUCUCCAGUCAGAAGAGGAUCUCUGGAGCAGAAGUGGAGAUGAGAGUCAGACGAGGAGACGACGUCACUCUCUACUGCGACUGUGCAACACACAGGAUCUGCUGAUUAAGAACGUCACAGAAGCAGAUCUGGGCCUGUACUACUGCGCUCUACAUGAGACAAAUAUUUCAAAGGAUAAAAACGGCGUCAUCAUCAGCAGGGACGUGUAUCAUUACGGAAACAGAUCCACUCGACUCUCUCUACUCGCAGAACCCUGUCGCAGUGUGUGUGAGCCGAGUGUAUCAGAGCUGAGUGUUAGCUGGAAGCUGGUGUUCAGUGUGUGUGUUGUGUGUGUUCUCCUCUCCUCACUCCUCUCCUCCAUCUGUGUGUACUGCCUCUGCACAAACACCACUAAAGGUACUCACACACUCGCUCUAAUCACUAACACUGUUUCAGCAUUAAAUACAACAGGAAUUAAAGCUGCUGUUGGAAAAUCCUUUGUUGGUCAGCAACAUUUACACACAACAGAAAUAUCUGAAUUCACUUCACACCACAGCGCUGUUGAAUUCUGGAUUGUGAUUGGUCAGAAACUGUUGAUGAAUUUUCUAUAAGACUUCACAGUCUUUGUUCUUCUACAGAAUAAAGGCUCAGACUGUACUCAUGAGAUGUUCUAAUGUCUCAGUGUUCCUCAUUCCCAGUGUGGAGACGCUUCUCUUUGUUUUUUCUCCUCAGGUUCUGAAAAGAGGGGAGAGCCACUCACUGAAAAUGACUUUCAGGUGCAUCAGUGUGAGAGGAGUGUAAACGGGGAGUUCUGUUGUCACACUGAAGUCUUUUACACACUUCAGAAACCAGCAAUCAAAUCAGACUAAACGCACACACACACACACACACACAAACACACACACACUUGCUCCACUUGUUUGCUUUAUAAUGUGCACUUGUUAAUAGAUGAUUAGUGUAUGUUUGUGAUUGCAUUUGUAAUAAAUACUA